UAUCUUUUUUUUUUUUUUUUCUUGUUUACAGAUUAAUGUGCGUGUGACUACUAUGGAUGCGGAGCUGGAAUUUGCCAUUCAACCCAACACCACUGGCAAACAGCUCUUUGAUCAGGUGGUGAAGACAGUAGGUCUGCGAGAGGUCUGGUUUUUCGGUCUGCAGUACGUGGACAGUAAAGGCUACACAACAUGGCUGAAGCUGAAUAAAAAGGUGACUCAGCAGGAUGUUAGAAAGGAAAACCCUCUGCAGUUCAAGUUCCGGGCAAAGUUUUUUCCAGAAGAUGUUUCUGAAGAGCUGAUUCAAGAGAUAACACAGCGUCUCUUCUUCUUACAGGUGAAGGAAGCCAUUUUGAAUGAUGAGAUUUACUGCCCUCCGGAGACAGCAGUCCUACUGGCAUCUUACUCUGUUCAGGCCAAGUACGCUGACUACAACAGAGACAUCCACAAGCCUGGUUACCUCACCAAUGACAGGCUGCUACCACAGAGAGUUUUAGAGCAACAUAAACUGACUAAAGAACAGUGGGAGGACAGAAUACAGUCAUGGCAUGAGGAACACAGGGGUAUGCUAAGAGAGGAUUCUAUGAUGGAGUAUCUGAAGAUUGCUCAGGAUCUGGAGAUGUAUGGAGUGAAUUACUUUGAGAUCAAAAAUAAGAAGGGAACGGAGCUCUGGCUGGGAGUGGAUGCUCUUGGUCUCAACAUUUAUGAACAUGAAGACAAGCUCACACCAAAGAUUGGGUUCCCAUGGAGUGAGAUCCGAAACAUUUCUUUCAACGAUAAGAAGUUUGUCAUCAAGCCCAUCGAUAAAAAAGCACCCGACUUUGUGUUCUAUGCACCACGACUGCGAAUCAACAAGCGCAUUCUGGCUCUAUGUAUGGGCAACCAUGAGCUGUACAUGAGGAGGAGGAAGCCUGACACCAUUGAGGUGCAGCAGAUGAAGGCUCAGGCCAGAGAAGAAAAACACCAGAAACAGAUAGAGAGAGCUCAGCUUGAAAAUGAGAAGAAGAAACGAGAACAUGCAGAAAAGGAGAAGGAGAGAAUAGAGCGAGAAAAGGAUGAGUUAAUGGAGAGACUUAGACAGAUUGAGGAACAGACGAUAAAAGCACAGAAAGAGCUGGAGGACCAAACACGCAAAGCUCUAGAGCUUGAACAAGAGCGAAAAAGAGCAAAGGAGGAGGCAGAGAGACUGGAGAAAGAGAAACAGGCAGCCGAGGAGGCUAAGGCGGCACUGGCCAAACAAGCAGCUGACCAGAUGAAGAACCAGGAGCAAUUGGUAAGUGCAGAAUUCUUACCGGUGCUUGAAAUCCUUGAAAAUGUUUGAAUUUUAAUGCAGUGUUUUCAAGGUUUGAAAAAUACUUGUAUUUUGGAUAAAGUGCUUGAAAAUGCAGUUCCUUUCAUAAUAAUUUGCUUUCUACUGAAUAGUUAGUUUUUAUUAAUUUUUUACAUAAAAUAAGCAGCUACGCUCAAGUCUGCACAUGUGGCUGUAGUGUGAUCUUUAGUAAUGCGCACCCCCUGAUGGAGCAGAGCGGGAGAUAAAAACUUGACAUGAAGUUGCUGCUUCAGUAAUCGAUGGCUUGAAAAUGACAAAUUAUGGAUAAAACGAGAACUAAAGUCUAAGUCUGUAUUUUUUUUUUUCAUGGAAGGGUCUGCGCUUUCGAGUCAUAUAAAAGGUAAACAAAAAUUGCCCUGCUCAGUUAAACGAUUAAAGUGAAAAGUGAAAAUGAAUGAAAAGCAUUUAUUGUGGCAAACAUUUAAAGGGUUAGUUCACCCAAUAAUCAAAAUUGUGUCAUUAAU